AGCGCCAUGGCCUGUACACCCUUCAGCAGCCUUUUAACCUUUUGUUACUGGUACAGAAAAGAGAGAGAAACAUUGGCGCAUUUGAAGUGUAGAGGAUGAAGCGUCCCUUGUUCCCUCCCCCAGUAGCUGCCGAGAGUCUGUGGAAGGAAAUCCCCUUGUCUGACAGGCUCCUAGAUGGGAAUCACAGACGUGUAGGGCUGGCAGGGACCUCACUGGGUCGGCUAGUCCAGCCCCUGGCACUGAGGCAGGACUCGGUAUUACCUAGACCAGCGGUUCUCAAAUGGUGGGUCGGGACCCCAUUUCAGUGGGGUCUCCAUGGCUGGCUUAGACUUGCUGGGGCUUGGGGCUGUGCGUGGGGCUCAGGUUACCGGUGUUACAGGGUUACAGGCUCAGGCUUUGGCCCCCCAGCCGGGGCGGUGGGACUGGGGCGGACUCAGGGUCCUGGGCGCGUGUAGUAAUUUUUGUUGUCAGAAGGGGGUCGCAGUGCAGUGACGGUUGAGAAGCCCUGAUGUAGCCCUUCCCUGACAGGUGUGUGUCUGACUGCUCUUAAAAACCUCCACCCCCUCCCUGGGCAAUUUGUUCCAGUGCUUAACCACCCUGACAGGAGGAUUUUCCUAACGUCCAGCUGUCCUUGGGGAAGGAGGGAGUUGAGCUGGGCUGGAGCUGGUGCUGCUGUUAGUCUGAUCCCGUUUCCUGACAGACACCACAAGAGGGGAAGAAAAGAACUGCAAAGAGAGAAAAAUGCAGCUUCUGUCUCUGGUCUUGACCUUCACUUGCAAUCUCAGUGCUAAAAACGCAGGCCCAGCACACGAUCUUAUCAGCCCCUCUGAGACUGGCGAACUUGUCCCAGCGCCGCGUGUCCUGGGCAUUGCCUGGAGCUGCCUUUCUGAGCAGUGCUCAGCCAGACAAUCGUUAGACAGCGGGAAAGAGCGCGAGGGAAGGAAAGGACCCGGGAGCGGAGGCUGACCCAGCCGAUGGUCGGGAUACAGCUGGAGCCAGGGGAGCUGGUGACGUCAUCUGGGUCCCUGUCUUGGCCCAGGCUGGUCAGGACCCCUGUGAGGCCCAGUGGGGUCCCAGGAGAGGGUGGGGGUGACAGCCCCGAUGGAGGAGCGCGCUCCUUCCCGUUCUUUGUCAGCCCGCAUCGCAGUAGCCAGCCUUCCCCCCAGCGCUCUGUCGGAGGACCGCAAAAUGGGGGUGGGGGUGGAAUAGCCCCACCCCUCGAUGUUUUGUCCACCACUUUCUGGCUCUCCUGGGAGUUCUGUCAGCCCCCGCCGUGGGAACACGCUGGAGAGCAGGCCGCCCUGGGGAGUGAUGCAGCGCCCUGGGGGUGUGGGGCUGGAGUCAGCCUCGGGGCAGCCUCACCCAUGCCCCUGGGAGCACUCACCUGCCGGGUUUGCCCAGCAGCUGGUGUCCCUGAGCCCCGGCAUGUGGUGAUGGACGGGGACUGAGCGCUGCCCCGGGUCGGGGAUUGGCACCGCUGGCUCUAGCCUGCCCUCUUGGUGCCGUGUCGCUGGCUGCACUCGCUGGUGAGCCAGGACUCCAGCACUGACUGAGCGGCCGCCCAAGGAGCAGGGCAGGGAGCCCUUGCAGUGGGGCAGGCCUCCAGCAGGCAUUGCCAGGAGCAAGCGGGUGGGUUCAGCCCUGGAGGCAGAGGGGCUGCAGCUGGCAGGCUGGGGAGCUCGCAGAGCGCUGGCCUGACCUGUGCCGUUAGGCCUGGAAGCAGCCGCUUGGCAGCCCGGCUCUCUAAUCCCUCUUCCCCUCUCCUGCGCUCAGUGGUUCGUGAAGGUCAGGGAUGGUGCGGGCUGAGCAGUUUGCACUCCAUGGUGUCUGAUCAUCGGAGUUACCUGAGUGCUCCGCUUCCUGGAGCGUCUCCGCAGGGCCCGAUCCUGCCUGAGCCGUGCAGCACAAUUCCCACUGAAGCCAGUGGCAGCAGAGGGCUCUCAGCCUGUUGGAUGUGCGCCCUGAGAGCGCUCCUAGUGAAUGCAGGGCUGGCCCAGCCCAGCGGUGCUGCCGGCACGCUCGCCGAUAGCCAGAAUGUGUCCCAUGUGCUUCAGAACUCAGCCGUCCCUUCCGCCGGCACCCAGCCUCUUUGCUGUCCCCUCGCCUGCCUCACAUCCCUCCUUACCGGCAAAGGGUCCCAAUGAACACUGCAUAUUGACCGGGCUGCCUGGGACUUGCAGCCCCGCUGCAUCCUGUUAUGGCUGCUUGGGGACCGAGGCUGGGCACAGGGGUUGGAACUGGGGGGGCUGCUGCACCCCCUGGCUCAAAGUGGUUUCUAUCAUAUCCGGGGUGCUGUGCUGCGUGGGCUGCUUUCCUCUGUCCUCUGGGCCUGUCGAAGGUGCUUGCUGCUGUGUGUUUGGAUGGGAUGUAAAACGGAGCUCCAGGCAGCCUGGCGCUAUUAGAGAUCCCUGGGCCCUGCUCUAGAGCCUCCGGGCUGCAUCCUGUGCUGGAAAUGCGCUUUGCCCCCCUUAGAUCCCCCGGGGCUGGGCUGGACCCAGGGUUCCUCUGGUGGGCAUAGCGCGGCGGGGAGAGCGCGAGACAGAUCGCUGGCCCUGGCGGCAUCGCUGGCUCUCCGCGCGUGGCUGUGACAGCGCUGUGUGUCCCUGGGCCUGUCCUGCAGUGCCCGGCGACGCCCCAGGGGGGCUGGUUCAGGGUGGGACAGGAUCCCCCGUGCAGCGCGUUGCGGUUACGUCUGAGGGGCUGGGAGCCGCUGUGCCCGCACGCUGGGGACGCGUGAGCUGUUGCUAGGACUCCGUACCAGCCUGUCUCUCUGCGGGGUCCCAGGAGGCUCUGAAGAGAAGUGCCGUCGAUGUCACCGUGCCCAGCAGACACACCGGCUGCUGGGUGGGAACGUGCCUUGCUCCGGAGAACCGGGGGUGGCCAGGGCAGAGCCCGGACUGGGUGAUAGGUUUGCGACCCAGGUCCGUUUGCUGUCUCUGGGGCAGAGGCGCAGGCUGGCAUGGGACCCACUUGAGGGGGACCCCCGUAAUGUGGGCUGGGGCAGCCUGGCUUUCCCACCCAAGCGGUGAGCAGUCCCUAGCUCUGAAUCCAUCCUCUCAGUCAGCCCCAGCGGAGCAACUCCACGCUGCAGAUGCUGCUCUGGCUCCAGCCGCAGGCGCCCCAGGCCCUGCCUGUGAGCGCCAUGUCAGGGGCUGGCUAGUGUGUCCGGCCCUUGGCCCAGAUCCCUUGGAGAGUCGCUGGGACCUCGCCAUCUCCAGUGCCCGUGCGGCAGCUUGUGCUGCCCAGCGUGGCCCUUUGCCUGCCUGGUGCAGGCCGGGAGAGGUCCGGCCAUGGCACUGGGGUUGAGCUGGACGUGUGGCUGCUGGCUUUGUUUUGGGGAGGUGCCAUGUGCUGUGUGGGGCAGCGUGCCCUGGCAGUGAGCAUGACAGGCACCUGAAGGGUUCCCAGGGAGCCAGCAGCCAGUGCACCAGCCGUGGCUGUGUCCUGCCUCCGGCUCUGGACCCCAGUGGCACAGCAAAGCCAAGGGAGGUUAGUAACAGGAGAGGCCCAGGCGCAGCGCGGAGGCCCGAUCGAUAGCUCCCCGCGUCCCCAGGGCCGUUAAUCCAUCUCCCGGGCUGAUGGCUGGCGCACAGGCCCGGGGACUCGCCCCAUUAAUCAGCCUGCUCGCUCGCUCCGCACAGAGACUGCAGCCAGCCAGGCUGCCAAGCUGCAGAGCGUGCGAUGGGGCAGGUGCCCGCGAGCUGUCCCUCUGAGCAGGGCUGUUGGGUAGGGUGGGGGGGUCCCAUCCUGGGCACUGGGCGUAGCUCACAGCCCUGUGUGUCCCCCCAGCUGUCGGGCGGUGAGAAGCCCAGGAGCAGCCUGCAGGAGCCCCGCUUUGACUACUGCGGCUGGCAGCCCGCUGAGCUGGACCUCAGCCACUCGGAGCUGCCCCAUGUCAUCGAGAUCUACGACUUCCCGCAGGACUUCGGCACCGCCGACCUGCUGCGCGUCUUCUGCAGCUACCAGAAGAAAGGCUUUGACAUCAAAUGGGUGGACGACACGCACGCACUGGGCAUCUUCUCCAGCCCCAUCGCAGCGCGCGACGCCCUGAGCAGCAGGCACGUGAUGGUGAAGACUCGGCCCCUGGCGCAGGGCACGAGAGCGGCCAAGGCCAAAGCCAGGGCUUGUGCUGACCUCCUGCAGCCGGCGAAGGAGCGGCCGGAGACAUCUGCGGCCCUGGCCCGGAGGCUGGUGAUCGGAGCCCUUGGAGUGCGGAGCAACCAGAGCCGAGCCGAGCGCGAGGCCGAGCGCAAGAAGCUGCAGGAGGCCCGAGAGAAAAAGCGCCUGGAGGACAAGCGGCGGGAGGACGUCUGGGAAGGCCGGGACUGAGCCAGGGCGGCAGCGGAGGAGACCGGAGCACCCAGGGCUGCUGGCAGGCACUUGGCAGGGAGGCACUGUGGUGCCGUGGGCUUCAGACGCCAGCGCAGCCCAGUGCCAGCUGCACCCACACAGGCUGGCCGGGCUGUCAGUGGGGGAAAGGGGAGAGGCCCGUCUGAAGCCUGGCGGGGGGAGAGGGUCCGGCUGACAAAACGCAGCAGCUGUUUGUAUUAGGACUCUUAGUGGGGGUGGGCUGGCAGGCCCUGCCGCCGGUGUGUGCGCCCUGGAAGGGGGCAUUGGCCUCCCUCGGACCUGUCUCUUGCCCUUUGAGAUGCUGGAGCACAGGGAGUCAGUGCUCUGGAGCGCUGGGCUGGGGCAGCGGUAGACCGGCUGAGUCUGGUGGCUGUGCCCUGUGCCUGGCACUGCUCGGGCUGCGCUUGUGCUGGGUAAUGCCCUGACGCACUGGCUGCAGCUGGUCGGUCGCUGCUGGAAACACGGCCUCCAGGCUGCCCAGCUCACUUUCGAGGCUCCCUGCAGCAGCCCAGGCCAUGCGAACAGCCCUGGGCAGCGGGAGGGGAUUUCGCAGGCCUCUGCGUGAGCCAUGCUGAGCGGUGCUGUGCCGAUCCGAGCCAGUGCAGGCUGGGGAUGUGCAGAGCGCGGGUGAGUGAGAAGCCAUGUGCGAUGGAGGUUCCCUGUCCUUUAUUUUGCUAUUAAAUUGCCUGGUUUUUACACUGCC